AUGAAUUUACUUCGUCUCCUCGUCUUCCUCUUCUUCCUGUUGAGCUCCUCCUCCUGCAGCGUGGCUCAACCACAGUCCGAAGAUUCCCAGCAGGAAGUCGCUUUAGCGUUCAAGCCGAGCGUGGCGAUCGUGAUCGGCGUCUUCUCCAUCGUUUUCUCCCUCACCUUCCUCCUCCUUGUGUACGCCAAAUUCUGCCACACGGUCGACGCCGCCCCCAUCGGCGGCGACUCGGAGAACCAGUUUCAGAGCCAGUUCAACGGGCUGCUCUCGCCGGGGUCUCGCUUCUCCGGCAUCGACAAGAGCGUGAUCGAGUCGCUGCCUUUCUUUAGGUUCUCGUCGCUGAGGGGGCCGAAGGAGGGGCUCGAAUGCUCCGUCUGCCUGUCGAGGUUCGAGGACGCCGAGAUUUUGAGGCUGCUGCCCAAGUGCAAGCACGCAUUCCACAUCGGCUGUGUUGACAGAUGGCUGGAGAGCCACUCGAGCUGUCCUCUUUGCCGGUGCAAGGUAGAGAUCGAGGACGCCACCCUCUUCAAGUACUCAACCAGCUCCCGGUUUUUGUUCGGAAACCCGCCUGACCGCGGGGGGCAUCUGGAGGAAGGGGAUGAAAACGGGCUGUAUGUGGAGAGAGUGCCCGGGGAACAGGCGGGGGCCUCCUCGGGGUUCACUUGCGGGGGGAGCUUCAGGAAGACGGGAAAGGACGAGCCUCUUCUACCGGAGGUGGACAAAUUGCUGCACAAGCACAUGCAUAAGAUCAUCCUGUCGGACGUCGUCUUCAAGAACCGAUGGAGCGAUCUGCAGUCCUCAGACCUCAUCUCCCUCAAAUCGGAGAUGCUUGGCGUGCUAUCCAGCAAGCGAUUCACGGAGGGAAGCUCCAACGGCGGGGUGCAUCAGACAAAAGAUAGAGGGGAGGAGAGUAGUUCGUCGGAGAGCAAAUCCACUGGAAUAGAUUUCAGCCGCCCAUUUCCGGCGCCGGGGAUCUUCCCUUCUAGCUCAGGCUCCGACGGAAAUUCCAAUGGCUUCACCUCAUCAUCAAAGUCAAUGAUUCCCUCCGGCGACAGAUCCAUGUCUGAGAUUAUCAACAUCUCAAGGUUUGGUGAUGCAACGAGAAGGAGAACAGGGUCCGAAGAUAAUUCUGAUACAACCCACAACUCGAGAGAUGAGAAGAUGAGGCGGCUUUGGGUGCCGAUCGCGAGGCGGACGGUCCAGUUGUUUGCCGGAAGAUAA